CCAUGGGCUUCUAUAUUUAUCGGCUCUCUGCUCGUAUGCUUCACAAAUUUUCAUUCUCUCUAUCUUUCCUUCUGUUAGAUUUAAGGUUCCAAUGGAAAAGAUUAUUGAAGGGAGAAAAUAUUCCUCUUAUGGGGUCUCAGAUGAAAUUGUCAGCGAAUUAAGACUUCUCAGGGAGGAGAAUCAGCAGCUCACAUCGAUGAUCAAUCGAUUGUACAGCAACUAUAAUAGAUUGCUCAUGAAGCAAAAGGAAGAGUACUUCAUUUCAUCUCCAAAAUCAAAAGGAGAGAGUCUGAAAUUAGGGAUAGAUUUAGCAGACGUUACAAAUGAUGGAGAAGUCAAGCAGCAGGCUAUGGAUUGUAGUACUGUACUUUCUGAGAGCUCACAAGGGAAGAAUUCGGAAUCCUCCCUGGAUCACUGGGUUUCCUCCAAGAAAAGGAAAAUGAGCCCUGAAUUGGAGCAGAGCGAAAAUAGUAGAGGGAAAUCGUGCAUAGAUGAAGAUUUAGAGAUUGAGAAAUCUCAUACACUGAGCAAAGGACCAGGCAUUCCACCAGUGCUCCAGAAAAUGAAAACUUUAUAUUCCCAGUCAACAUCGGACACACCCACGGUCACUGAUGGCUGCCAAUGGCGCAAGUAUGGGCAAAAAAUGACAAGAAACAGCACAUGGCCUAGAGCUUAUUAUAGAUGUGCCGUUUCGUCUUGUCCAGUUAGGAAAAAAGUACAGAGAUGCAGUGAAAAUCCAAGCAUUUUGAGCACUACCUACGAAGGAGAGCAUAACCAUUUGCUGAGUCCAGUUGCCAUGGCUGCCAUGAACUCUCCGCCUGCCUAUCCCUCCCUUUUGCAGAGUAGUGCAGGUUUAAUUGGGGGCAAAGAGCUGCUUUUUCCGGCUUCCAUUGCUACCAUCUCAUCAACUGGUUCUUGUCCAUCCAUCACUCUCGACUUCACCGAUGAUCGCAUGCCUAAGCCUAGCCCUAACCCUAAUCCUGCAUUGCACUCACAAUUACAAACAGGAAGUAUGAUCCAGUCCAACAGUCCUUCAUAUGGCAGCAAUAUGAGUUACAGUCAGUCAGGGUUAGAUCCAAUGGCCUUCCUUAAGGCAGAUCCCAAUUUUACUGCAGCACUGGCUGCGGCUAUAGCCGCUUCUAUUAUCAGAUCGGGUGCACCGUGUUAAGGUAUGUAUAGAGGACAGAUUGCUUUUCCUCUGAUUCAUACUCAAUGUUAUACAAGGCAUAAUACCUUAUACCUCUGUGUAUAUAAUCACGUAUUAGUAUUUGUGCUGAAAUGUUUUGGUCAUUUCAUUCAUGGGAGACAUCGUUUAAGGAAGAAAAACACAAGUACCGAUUGUAGUCUCCUGGAAUAGGAUCCAUUUUCCAUGUUUGAAACUUGAGUGAAGGAUUGACUUUUUGCUAGAUUUUUUUCUGUUCAGAAACUU